UAUUAACAUUGAAUUAAAACAACACAAAUCACACCAAAAUUGUAUAUUAAACAUUGAAGUAAAACAGCAUAAAUCACGCCAAAAAUGAAGAACUCAAUCUCCCUGAUUGCCAUCAUCUCUCUCCUCAUCUUCAUCUCUCUUCCCACCCCCUCCCUCUCCCAACGCUGCAACAAAAACGACGAAAACGUCCUCUUUCAAAUCAAAAAAUCCCUAGGAAACCCUUACCUUUUGGCCUCUUGGCAAACAACUUUAGAUUGCUGCCAAUGGUACUUAGUCAAAUGCAACAAAACCACGGGCCGUAUCAUCGAACUCACCAUCUUCUCCGGCAACAUAUCCGGCCAAAUCCCACCUGAAGUCGGUAACCUUCCAUACCUCCAAACAUUAGUGUUCCGAAAACUCACCAACCUCACCGGACAAAUCCCAUCAACCAUUACUAAACUAACCCACCUCACCAUGCUCAGACUAAGCUGGACCAACUUGUCCGGUCCAGUCCCUUCGUUCCUCAGCCAACUCACAAACUUAAACUUUCUUGAUUUAUCAUUUAAUAAUCUCACCGGCUCUGUCCCGCCCGAACUUGCAAAGUUAACAAAACUUGGUGCUCUACACCUAGACAGAAAUAAGCUCACCGGAACCAUCCCCGAAUCAUUCGGGACGUUCACCGAAAACGUCCCGGAUCUUUACCUUUCACAUAACCAGCUAACCGGAGAUAUACCCAAAUCUUUAGGCUACUUAAACUUCACGGUGAUAGACUUUUCAAGAAACCAACUUACAGGUGAUUUCAGCAUGUUUUUUGGGAUAAACAAGACUAUCCAAAUAGCUGAUUUUUCAAGGAACAGCUUUCAGUUUGAUCUCUCGGAUGUAGUGUUUCCUGCAAGCUUGACGUCUUUAGAUUUGAAUCAUAAUAAGGUUUUUGGUAGUCUGCCGGAAACAUUGACGGGAUUAAGUUUGCAGUACUUGAAUGUGAGUUACAAUAGGUUGUGUGACCUGCAGACGUUUGAAAACACUUCGUAUUUUCAUAACCGGUGCCUGUGUGGGUCCCCGUUGCCGGCCUGUGCCUGAAUAAUUGUUGGCGGAUUGUACUAAAUAAACGACGUAUGUAAAGCAAAAUCAUGGUUCCAUAAAGUAUCUUGUGUUCAUUAGUUUGCAAAUAAGAUAAGGUGGUUUCACGUGUCGCAUCUAGUGAAAUCAUGUUCCUUGCGUUUAUAUGGGAUUUAGUUCGAUAUUGUUUUCAUAUUUGAAUCCGGGGGAAUAAACGAAUAAUAACCCUAUUUUAGAAAAUAAA